CUUGUGCUUAACUGCCCAGAGUCUUGUGGGGCCAGCCAGACACUACUCCAGAUGGCAAGUUGUUAGGGCUGGACAGAAUGGCUUUGGAAGACUUCUCACCAGAUGAAGGCUGUAAUGUUGGGAUUUUACUGUUUGCCUUUUUCCCCUGUAGUUCCCAGGGUGGGAAGGUGCUGGGAUGGCAGCAGCGUGCCGCCCGCCCACCUGCCACCACCUGCUCACUCUUGUGCUCCUAUAAAGCCUCGUCUUGUGCGCUCCACACCCUCCCUGCCGGCCGGCAGAGCCCAGCAGAGAGAGAGAGAUCUCUUGGGGAGUCACGGCUUCAGAGCACAGCCCUGCACAUCUCAGCAUCCCCUCCUCAACUGAGUCAGGACUGCUCUCACUUGAAACUGCCACUGGGAGUUGUUGUGCCUUAAAUCCAGGAAGAUCCUUCUUGGAUUCAACGGGCCGUUUUCUUCGUCACAUACAUUUUGAGAAUGGAGAUUUUAUUGUUUUCUCUCUCUCUUUGAGAUUAAAGAAAUUAAAACAAUGAAAGCAUAAGACAUAAAAAAUGCUUCAUUCUUUCUUUCAACGAUAAGAAACAAUUUUCAGGCGUUUCCAGAAGAAACUUCUAUUGUAUUAUAUUUAUUUUUUUAGAAGGCAAGAAAAAUACUCCAUAAUUUAUAUCGGGAAACAGGUCGAAGCGGUACGAGGGUUACUCCAUGAGUGCUUUCCUCACCACAUUUUAGAAAGCGAAUUUUUCCUAGGUGAUCUUUGUGCGUGUGAAGGCGAAGGUGCAUCAGCCAUGAAGAGCUGCAAAGCCAGUCCCCUGGAGUCGGUGGUGGAGCCAGGAGCAGGCUGUGUGGUGAAGUGCAGCUCGGAGAGGCUGGAGAACGCUGCCAAGAGGAGGCUGGCUGCCAACGCCCGGGAGAGGAGGCGCAUGCAGGGGCUCAACACGGCCUUCGACCGCCUGAGGAAGGUGGUGCCGCAGUGGGGGCAGGAUAAGAAACUCUCCAAGUACGAGACCCUGCAGAUGGCUCUGAGCUACAUCAUGGCUCUGACCAGGAUCCUUGCCGAAGCGGAGAGGUUCAGCGCCGAGCGAGAGUGGCUCAGCCUGCACUGUGAGCACUUCCACGGCGACAGCUACCACCGCUCCCCGGCUCAGAAAGCCGUGGCCCACAGCGAGCCCUACGCACCCAGGGCGCUCAGCUACCACCCCGAGCACUUCCAGCUAGCUAACUAGAGCUUCUUGCCAGCUAAGGGUGUGCAGCAGGCCAGAUGUGUAAUUUAAUCAUUAGCGAGAGUUAAUCUGCUUGACUAAGGUAAUAUUGGCGUUACUAUAGCUCAUUCUUGUUUGCAUCUUACAGUCAGUUGACAAAAUAAAUUUGCUCUCAGAAUGUAAAGCCAAAAGGUGUUUAAGAGGAAUGAAUUUAUUUAAUGCUGGUGGAAAUGAUACUUUGAAGUAUUUCUGGCAGUUGUUUCCUGGUUUAUCUAGUGUAUUUAAUGCUUUAAUUAAAGUUUUUGGUGUCUUUUUUUACUGUGAUGAAUCAUGGCAGUAUUUCUACAGGUCAUGGGACAAGUUGACCCGUGGUGUAACUGAAUGGAAUAGCACCAGAAAUGGAUCUCAUUCCAUGUUUUUCUUUUAAUGUCAGCUUUAAAGUUGUUCUUUAGUGUCUUUUCGCAUAAAUGGUUCACAUGGAAAAAGUUUUAUAAUGUAUUGGAGUUCUAGUCCUCAGAGAACUAACUUUCUUAAACUUUGUAAGUUUGACAUAUGGGUUCCAAAGUUGUGUAGGUUUGCUUUAAUCCAAUUUAUGGUGUCUCUUGUAUGCUCGAAAAAGAGCUGGUUUCAAGUCAUGGAAGGAAUGUUUUAUUUUCAAUGGUUGUAAAAACAUGUGUGAUUGUAUACCAUAAAUGAGAGUGCUUGUGUGAAAAUAAUCUAAGCUUCUAGAUUUUGGUAGGCUUUAAAUGAUGGGAUUUUAUUUUUUAAUCUUAUGUUAUCUGGAAACAAUAAGAGAUUUUGUAAAUCU